CGGAAAUGUAAUUGGAAGUUUCGCAGAAAUAAAAAAGUAACACAAAAGGGACGAAUAAAAUUAGUAUUGGCGCCGCUUUCCAAUCAGCCGGUUGUUUUCUAUUUUUAGUGCAGAGUGAAAAAAAAAACAAACUUAAAAAUCUGUGUAUAAACAUAAAAAUAUAUUGAAACAAAAAUUAUUUACAAACACCCCCAUACAAACAUGCUUCAAUGCGAAGAAACAGAAGAAACAACGACAAAAGCGCCACCGGCAUAUAUCAAUGCGAAUUAUAUACGACAAGCACUGGAAUGUAACGUCAGUGGUAGCAUGUAUGACGAUAAGCGUGUUAAUGUAUUGGAAUGUGUUUUCCAAUGCAUCAACGAGGAAGGUGCAAACAAUCGUAGUGAUAUCUAUAGAGCUCAUGUGAAAUUCGAAGAAUAUCGGCUCGGUCGUCCUGUGGCAGAUAAUACAACGCUCAUAGUGAAAGAUGUGAUAAUGGAUGCGGCCACAAAGGCGAACACAAAUGAAUUGGUAAUGUUUCAACAUGUAUUGCCAAGAAUGAAGCGUAUACUGUCAGAUAUAUCGGAUUAUCGGUAUGGAACUGAUAAGUAUGUUUCUAAGAAAAUGGCUCUCAAACUGUUUGCAGAUUGUUUAUUUUGCGAACGUGGUAUACGUGAGAUAUUCGUACUGGAAGAUUUACAGGAACUGGACUAUGGCCCCCUUGAACCGCGCUAUGGAUUAGAUUUCGAAGAAUCGAAAAUCGUUAUGAGUAAACUUGCAGAUCUCCAUGCGGCCUCCAUGCAGUAUAUGAAGGAGUAUCCUAAUGGUGCAGCGACACUACUACCAUCACCGCUCGCCAACGGCAUUAGUCCGACUAGCCGACAAGCGGUUACAGCGUUCGAAGGCAUGCGCAACGCUAUUAAGAUGGUUGAACAGUGGACGGGCUUUGGUGGUAUUGCAGCAUCCAUGCGCAUAUGGACGGAAAACUUCAAUGAACGUCUAACACAGGUACUGAGAAGACGACGUUGUCGUUUUAGUGUUAUUAACCAUGGUGAACUCUGCACGAAGAAUAUACUCAUACGGUUAGGAGUUCAAGAAAGCGCCGAUCUAAAAAUUCUUAUCGUGCCUAAGGACGCUGUAUUUCUGGAUUUUCAAUUGUCCUUUGUUGGCAGUUGUGGUUACGAUUUAAAUGUCUUCCUCUACACUAGCGUCAGCGUGGAAGUCUUGAAAUUACAUCGUCAUGAGCUGCUACGUCACUAUCACGAUCGCUUAAAGGAAACCCUUAAGCGUUUAAAAUUUCAAGAAGCUGAAUUACCCAGUUGGCAGACAUUAAUGGGGGAGGUGUACGAUCUCGAAUUCAUUGGUUAUUAUGCUUUGCUGUGUUUGUUGCCAUUAAGUUGUAUGGACGACGUAGCUUCCACUGAGGAGCUUGAGAGGCAACACAAAUUGAUGUACGAAAAUCAGAGAGUACAGGAAAUGCUUCGUUAUGGCUUGCCGCGCCUCACCCAGUUGGGUGUGCUAGACCUUGUACCUAGGGAAAGGGAUUAUCCACCGAGUUGAUGAUGUAUGUAUGUAGUUUAAAUAAAAAAAAACAACGAAUAGUGAUAUUAUACUUAAAAA